CGACACAACAGAACCAUCCUGUCUUAAAAUCUUAACAUAGUCUCUCACUUAAAAACAAACAUCAGAUUCGAAAAGCUAUGGAGCAAAUUCAAGUCGGAGAUUCGAAAUGCGGCGGAGGAAUUAGCCGGAACGGCGCGGUUGUUUCUGUCGGAGCGGCGACGUCGCGGUUCGAUACUUUGCCGGAAGAUUGUAUCUCGAUGGUGAUUUUCCAUACCACACCACGAGAUGCUUGCGUCGUGGCUUCGGUUUCGAGAACAGUUAAGUCGGCGGCGGAGUCCGAUUUGGUCUGGGAGAAGUUUCUUCCGCCGGAGUACUCGUCUCUUGCUCUUCCUCCGUCGUUGGAUUGCUCGUCGAAGAAGAAGAUCUAUCUCUCUCUCGCUGAUGAUCCCGUCCUAAUCGAUGAGGGCAAAAAGAGCUUUUGGUUGGAGAAAUCUACUGGGAAGAAGUGUUACAUGUUGUCUGCGAUGGAUUUGAAGAUCACGUGGAGUGAUUCUCCCGCGUAUUGGCAAUGGGUUACAGUUCCUGAAUCUAAGUUUGAGAAAGUAGCAGAGCUUUGUAACGUGUGUUGGUUCGAGAUUCGCGGCAAGAUAAGUGUUAAAAUGCUGUCUAAGGGGACGCAUUACUCUGUCUACUUAGUGUUCAAGAGAGCGAGUAGUAGAUCUUACGGUUUCGACCACACGCCUAUUGAAACUGAAGUUGGGUUUGCGGGGAAGGAGGUUAGGAAGACGUUUGUGUUUCUCGAACCGAGCGAUACGGAUCCUCGCAGCGGUUAUGGUUACUCGGGAGUGUCGUUAGCAGCUGUGUCUAGAGCGUUUAGGACGAGGCGUCCGUGGAUGAGGUUUCCGAGGGAAGAAGUUGAAGGGGAGAGGGAGAGUGGUGGGAACGUGGAGGAGCCCAAGGAGAGAGGUGAUAAGUGGAGUGAAGUGAAGCUUGGGAGUUUUUACAUUGACGAUGGAGGUUGUGAGGAUGGCGAUGAGGUUGAGGUAGCUAUUAUGGAGACUCGGAUGGGACAGUGGAAGAGUGGUCUGGUUUUCCAGGGGAUUGAGAUAAGGCCUGUGAAAGAAGAAGAAGUAACUAAAUGAUCAAAUUCAGAUAAUAACUGUGUUCUUUAAAGUAUGAACAGAGUUUAAAGCUUGUGUACUACUACUACAGCUUCAUGACUAGAGUUUAUUUAACAGUUUGAGUUUUUGAUAUGAAAAGCAAAGAAGUUAUGAUGAUUUUGUUUCUUGUGUACCAUAUGAUUGAAUGGCAAUAAUUUAAUUUGACAGAAGCUA